UUUUUUAACUAAUUAGGAAAUGAAAAUCGUUCUGAUAUAAUUCUGCUUUUAACAAUGGCACAUAUCCCAGUUCACAUCUGAGUGUAUAACAAAUAAUAACGAUGUUCAUAUUUUUUAACCUAUAUACAUUUUGACAAAAGAAUUGUCUAACAUUCAAUCUCUCUCUUUUUCUCUUUCUCUCUCUUCCUCUCUCUCUCUCUCUGUCUCUCUCUCUCUGUCUCUCUCUUUUUCUCUCUUCUUACAAAUGGCAACUGUAAAUUCAACGUUGGUAAUUAAUAUUGAAGAUCAGAAUGUUUCUAACAGUACUGCAAGUAAUUCUAUUAUCGAUAAUAAAAAUAAUGAUUCACCACUGACACCACUUUUACAAUGUUUUGUUUGUGAUGUAAUUGUAAAAGGACGUUAUUAUGCUUUAGCAACAUGUAGGACACAGAGUUCAAGGUCUAAAGUUAUUGAAAAAUUAGGUGAAUUAGUUGGCGAAAGAUAUAUGGUUGUCAUAUCAGAAGAUGAUGUGAUUUGUCGUAGUUGUGCUAAUCUCAUUAACACUCUUGAUAGAUUAGAAACAGAAAUGCGUAAUGUACGAGAAAAUGUUUUACGAUUUUUAGAACAAAAAUAUUCUUUAGAAGAAGGAGAGCUAUUAGGCAACAGCGAGAAACCUAAACCUUCACAACCACCACAAAUUACACGAUCUAAUAAUCAUAAUUCUAAUAAAUGUUUCAAAAGAAAAGAUGAUAUAUUAUGCGUUAAUACUAUGGAACAUAAUAAAGGCAAAAAAAAUGUUUGGAUGCAAUGCGAUAAAUGUAAAUAUACUACGCAUCAUAAUUCGUUCAUGAUUCAUCAUAUACGAGAUUACAUAAAACAGAAAGUAUUUUGCGAUAAAUGUGACAUACAAUUCUCUGGAGAUCAUCAAGUAAUAAAUCACGAAUGCAACGUAAAAAAGCAUCAAAAUGAAAUGGAAAUUUUAAAAGAGCAUGAAAGAGAAAAAGUAGUUUCUAUAAAAGAUACUGACGAAGAUCUGACAAAAAUGUCUGAUAUAGAAAGAAGCGUUCAGCAGAAUAUGCCAAUCCUACCGUUCCAUACUUAUUCACAAUUGCAAAUUACUAAUGAAAAUAUACCUGUGAUACGAUUAGCAAACCCUGAAAACUUACAUAUUUCAAAUAUUUCAAAUAUUCUUGAACAUGAUGAAACAUCUACUUCAGAUCAACCGAUGUAUGUUAGAGUCUUACAACAUAUUAAUGUAAAUGAAAAUUUUAUGCAUCCUACAGAAUUAGCAUCGACGCAUAGCGACGUUGAUAUGAUGGUUAAAGUUAAAGAUAGUUCAACCAAGCAAUUAUUGACUUUAACAGAGGAUGGAAAUUUGGAAAUGGUAGAGGUAGCAUGUUGGAAUGAUGAGCAAUCAACAGAUCCAGAUCCAGAUACAGAUAUGCAUUUCUGAUAUGCAAGACAAAAUUGAUUAAUAAUAAUUAUUAUGUUUUUUACAAAAAAA